GAGCAGCGUUCGUUUAUCUCCGUCCACCUUCCCUCCUACCUAAGUGCAUGCCACCACCCAGUGGAAGAUUUGAUGGACUUGGACAUGAGCCCCCUGAGGCCCCAGAACUAUCUUUUCAGUUGUGAACUAAAGGCCGACAAAGAUUAUCACUUUAAGGUGGAUAAUGAUGAAAAUGAGCACCAGUUAUCUUUAAGAACGGUCAGUUUAGGGGCUGGUGCAAAGGAUGAAUUGCACAUUGUUGAAGCAGAGGCAAUGAAUUACGAAGGCAGUCCAAUUAAAGUAACACUGGCAACUUUGAAAAUGUCUGUACAGCCAACAGCUUCCCUUGGGGGCUUUGAAAUAACACCACCAGUGGUCUUAAGGUUGAAGUGUGGUUCAGGGCCAGUGCAUAUUAGUGGACAGCACUUAGUAGCUGUGGAGGAAGAUGCAGAGUCAGAAGAUGAAGAGGAGGAGGAUGUGAAACUCUUAAGUAUAUCUGGAAAGCGGUCUGCCCCUGGAGGUGGUAGCAAGGUUCCACAGAAAAAAGUAAAACUUGCUGCUGCUGAUGAUGAUGAAGAUGAUAAUGAUGAAGAUGAUGAUGAUGAUGAUUUUGAUGACGAGGAAGCUGAAGAAAAAGCACCAGUGAAGAAAUCUAUACAAGAUACACCAGCCAAAAAUGCACAAAAGUCAAAUCAGAAUAGAAAAGACUCAAAACCAUCAUCAACACCAAGAUCAAAAGGACAAGAAUCCUUCAAAAAACAGGGAAAAACUUCUAAAACACCAAAAGGACCUAGUUCUGUAGAAGACAUUAAAGCAAAAAUGCAAGCAAGUAUAGAAAAAGGUGGUUCUCUUCCCAAAGUGGAAGCCAAGUUCAUCAAUUAUGUGAAGAAUUGCUUCCGGAUGACUGACCAAAAAGCUAUUCAAGAUCUCUGGCAGUGGAGGAAGUCUCUUUAAGAAAAUAGUUUAAACAAUUUGUUAAAAAUUUUCUAUCUCAUUUCAUUUCUGUAACAGUUGAUAUCUCGCUGUCCUUUUUAUAAUGCAGAGUGAGAACUUUCCCUACCAUGUU